GUUCACUCUUUAAUCCAGAUUAUGGCUGACAAACUGGUUUUGGCAUUCACGUUUCACUAUCAUUGUGCCCUUGAAGAGCUGAUGUGACUGUAGAAACUCUCUUGCUUACAGUUGUUGGUAUUGAGAACAUUUUUGGUUUGCUUUGGCUUUCUUGUAGCUGCUUGCUUAUAGCUCCUUUUUUCUUGAGAAGAUGGCCUUUCUAAUGAAAAGUAUGUUGAGCAACCAGGUAAAGAACUUGGGACUUGGAGGUGGAGGGGAAGAAAGCAAAGAAGAAAGCACUCCUUCUGAUCCAGCAGCAGCUGCAGGAAUGACCAGAGAGGAAUAUGAGGAAUAUCAAAAGCAAAUGGUUGAGGAGAAGAUGGAAAGAGAUGCAGCAUUUGCACAGAAAAAAGCAGAGCGAGCCUGUCUGAGGGUUCAUCUGAGAGAGAAGUACAGACUCCCUAAGAGUGAAAUGGAUGAGAAUCAAAUUCAGAUGGCUGGAGAUGAUGUGGGUUUGCCAGAAGAGCUCCAGAAGAUGGUGGAAGAAGACCAGGAGGAGGAGGAGGACAAGGACUCUAUCCUGGCACAGCUGCAGAACAUCCAGAAUAUGGACAUGGAUGCGAUCAAAGAAAAGGCACAAGCCACCUUCACCGAAAUCAAACAGGCUGCUGAGCAGAAAUGUUCUGUGAUGUAGAAGAGACACCACUAUCCAAAGGCUGUGAAUUCAGUCUUGUCUCGCAGGGGCUGCAGAGUGAGGUCACGCAGAGGAAUGCACUUAGCUCUAUAGCAUUAACUGUACAUAUAGAAAAGUGAGAGAGAGACUUUAAAACCCCGAGGGGGGUGUCAAAAUUUACCUGCUGUGACUGCUUAGUGCAAAGUUAGAACUGGUCCUCAUUUUUUGACAUAACAUUUUUCCCCUUUGAAAAAACUGACUUCAAAAAAACUAAUAUUGGAGGAAAAAAUGUGCCUUUUUCCAUUUUUUUUUUCAAAAAGCGAUCAGUAUGCUAUUAAAUAUGUAUUUUUUUUAGCAAAAUUGUGCUUCUGAUGCAUAACAUAUAGGUAACUGCUCAUUUAAAACUGCUUUCAGAAAUAAAGAUAUAUUUCUAAGAAAAACAUGUCUGUUUCAAACCUUUUGAAACAAUUCAGAUGUUGACAUUUUCUACAAAAACUUUUUUUAAAAAUGGUUUUGACCAUCUCUGUAUUAAAUAGUGCAAAUGACAAAAAGUGAAGCAUAUAGCUCUACAGCUUGGGAC